UGGCCAGUGGAUCCUGUCUCAUUCUUACAGGGAAUAAGCUGGGGGUAACUGGCGUUUAACUGCUGGCCGGUCUCCCAGGAUUAUUUCUGUGAUCCGGCUCUCAGGGGUGAGCUGAUGGAGCGGACGCUGGACCUGCCAGGCCGAGGCCCACACUGGGGCCCUGCAGUGGCUGCCACCAGGUGACAGGGGACCCCACCCCCGUCAUGCCUGCACAGGGCUUCAGGGAAUCCACAGCAAGGCUGCAAUCUGCGCUCAAGAAGAAGGAUGGGCUGCGUCUCAACAAGCAGAAGCUGUCCUAAGCCUUAAAACGUGAUGCCUCACAUGAUCGGGUCGUGACUGUGGCGCCCCGCUUCAGCUCACAGCCCAGCGGCCCUGGACCGCUCAGCUCACAGGGCGGCGGGGACACAGGGCGGCGGGGAACAGGCAGCGUGCAGCUGGAGACACCAGGGCGGGGACAGCACACCUGUCCUGGUGGAGGAUGGAGGGCGGGGAAAGGAGCCCCCUGCUGUCCCAGGGCGCUGGGUGCCGGGCCCUCCCCGGGAGCAGCCCACUCACCUCACGCCGCCCGGGGCCGGCACCCCGAGAGGACCAGGUCUGGCGGGCAGGCGCUGGGGGCGACCCGGCCUCCCCUCUCCCCUUGGGAAGCAGCUGCCUGAAGUACCUGACCUUCCUGUUCAACUUUGUCUUCUCUCUGCUUGGUCUGCUGGCCCUGGCCGUCGGGCUCUGGGGCUUGGCAGUCAAGGGCCCCCUGGGGAGUGGCGGGGCGGCCCUGCCCAGAGACCCCAUGCUGGGGCUGGCGCUGGGGGGGCUGGCGGUCGGCGCAGUGAGCCUGGCAGGCUGCCUGGGUGCCCUCUGUGAGAACGCCUGCCUGCUGCACUGCUUCUCUGGGGGUCUCCUCGCCUUCCUGCUGCUGGAAGCUGUGCUGGGUGCCCUGCUGGUGGCCCUGUGGGGCCCACUGCAGGACGGCCUGGAGUACACCCUGCGUGCGGCCAUCGCCCACUAUCAGGAUGACCCCGACCUGCACUUCCUCAUCGACCAGGUGCAGCGUGGGCUGCAGUGCUGUGGGGCAUCUUCCUACCAGGACUGGACGAGGAACCUGCACUUUAACUGCAGCUCCCCGGGAGCCCAGGCCUGCAGCCUUCCCGCCUCCUGCUGCAUCCGCCCCAGGGAAGACGGGGCGGCCGUCAGCGACCCGUGUGGCCUCGGAGCUCUGGGCCUGGACGAGGAGGCCGCUCAGAGGGUGGUGCAUCUGCAGGGCUGUGGCCCCCCGCUGCGAGGGUGGCUCCGCAGGAGCGUCCAGGCCGCCGGCGUCUAUGUGGUCGCAGUCGUCGCAGUCCAGGGGGCCGAGCUCCUGUUGGCUGCCCAGCUGCUGAGGGCCCUGGCGGUUCGCAAGGGGGCGCUGCAGAGCCCCAGAACCGCAGGGACGGGGGCGCCCAGGGAGAGGCUCCCUGCCUAAGUGGCCCGGCUGGCCCAGGGCUCACAGCCCAGCAGGACACCCAGGGAAGGCGUCGAGUCACCAUGCAUGGCCGAGACCCCUGGUCUCCUCCACCUGCUGUGCCUCCUGCCCCCCAGGGCCCCUUUCUCUGAGGACAGGGCAUGUCCACCUCCUUCCUGGUUCCCUCAACCCUGCUAGGGCGAGCCCCCUGCCACCACCUGAUGUCACACUCUUUUGGAGACUUUUGUCCUCAGCCCCUGAGCCAGGCAUGGCCCCCGCCCCACC